UCUCACAUCUCAUUAUCAUCCUAAAGCUCAAAUCUUGAUAUACUUACAAGAUUCUAUAUCUAUCUUUCUUAAUGCCACCAUUAACAAACACCAUCAUAUAUCUAAUCUUUAUAUCUUUUCUUCUAAUUCCAACAAAAACAACAGCCAAUGACCAAUCUUUCAUCCAGAUUCUCAUAACCCAAAAUGGUCUUGAUUUCAUCAAGAAUUUGUUAAUAUCAAAAGCAGUCUCAUCACUCACACCCACAUCAAUAUCAGAUAUUGAAAAGGCUGUAAAGAUUCCUGUAAUUGGUAAAGUUGACAUCUUGCUGUCUGAUAUUGUUAUUAAUAAGGUUAAUGUUGGGUCAUCUGGUGUUAGACCAAGUGAAGGUGGUGUUUCUAUUGUCGGUUCGGAUUUUAGUUGUGAUUUGAGUGUGAAAUGGCAUUAUUCUUACGGUACUUGGGUUGGCCCGAUUUCGAUUUCUGAUAGUGGAACUGCUUCUGUUGAGGUUAAUGGCAUGGAAAUUGGUAUAGCUCUAGGUUUGGAUAAUCAAGACGGAUCAUUGAAACUUUCCAUGAUGGAAUGUAAUUGUCAAAUACAAGAUAUCUCCAUAAACCUAGAUGGAGGAGCAUCUUGGCUCUAUCAAGGAAUUGUGAAUGCUUUCAAAGAAGAAAUAGUAUCAGCAGUAGAAAAGGCAAUUACCAAGAAAUUGAAGACUGAAGUUUCAGAGCUUGGAUCUAUUCUACAAACUCUUCCCCGACAUAUUCCAGUGGAUGAUACUUCCUCAUUAAAUGUUACAUUGGUUAACAGCCCAUUCUUGAGUGACACUUCAUUAGGGUUCGAGAUAAAUGGGUUAUUCGUAGAGUCAAAAACUGACCCGCGUGCAUAUCACAACCAUUUGCAGCCACCACUCGCUUGCUCAGACCCUCCAAAAAUGGUUGGGAUUGCCCUAGAUGAAGCUGUCUUCAAAUCUGCAUCUGCUUUAUACUACGAUGCUACGUUUAUGCACUGGAUUGUUGAUAAAGUACCCGACCAAUCUCUUCUUAACACGGCUGGGUGGAGAUUUAUUGUUCCUCAACUCUACAAAAAGUACCCAAAUGCUGAUAUGAAUUUGGAUAUUUCUCUUUCUAAUCCUCCAGUUGUGCAAAUAUCAUCACAGAAAAUUGGUGCUACAGUUUAUGCAGAUUUGAUCAUAGAUGUUCUUAAAGGAGAUGAGACAAUCCCCGUUGCUUGUAUCUCAUUGGUAAUUGCUGGCACAGGUUCGGUACAAAUUAGCAGAAAUAACCUUACCGGUCAUUUGAAAAUGGAUGAUUUCACCAUGACGUUAAAGUGGAGCAAGAUUGGUACCUUGCACAUGUUUCUUAUUCAGCCAGUGAUUUGGACUAUGAUUGAAACUGUUUUCAUACCAUAUGUGAAUGCACGACUUGGGACAGGGUUCCCUUUGCCUAUAAUACACGGGUUUUUGCUUGAAAAUGCUGAGAUAAUAUCCUCGGAUUCUAGAAUCACGGUGUGCAGUGAUGUUAGCUACGAGGAAUCUGUUGAUAGCAGCCAAACUGGAUUUUACACGUCGUAGUUGUACAAUAUUGUAUAGUCUGUACAGUUUUAACUUUUGUUAUUUGUUCUUGAGUUAUAUAUUAUCUCACCCAAUUGAGCAUCCAAUAAAAGCAUAAGAUGCACGAAACCUUUAAUUA